GUAAUGGGUAUUACUUUUAACAUAUAAUCUUUGAUCAUGGAAAUGUGAGGCUGACAAAAGUAAUUGUGGCAUUGGUAUGUAUGAAUUUAGUCUCCUUUUAUAGUUCUUUCUAUGACAGACCCUAAACAGAAGUGUGGCCUAUGAAAACUUUUAGCCUACUUCGGUUGCAUGUGUUUAUUAGCUUAUUGAUCAUGUUAUGGAUUAAUUACAGAAAAACAUAAAUUUUAAUCUUUUUGCCAUUCUAGCCUGAGGAGGUCCACAGCAGUUAGUUUGUAACUAGUUAAUGAAAACUCAGGUUACUGUUAUUCUAAGAAAAUUCAAGAAAUCAAAUCAGUAACUCAAAAUUUUUGCUUUAUUCCAAGGCCAAGUAAACCCAUUCUGAAUUCUUCACCCAUUGCUGAACUUCUUGAGUAUAUUUAAUUAAGAGAACUUCUUUAAAUCAUGGACAAACAAAAUGUGCCAGAAACAAAUUUACCAGCUGGGCAUCUCCCUCAAUAUCCCUCAGCAGCAUUCCAAGGACCUCCAGGAAAUACUGGGUACCCUGGCCCCCAGGCUGGCUAUCCCGGCCCCCAGGCUGGCUAUCCCGGCCCCCAGGCUGGCUUCCCUGGCCCCCAGGCUGGCUACUCAGUCCCCCCAGCUGAUUAUCCAGGUGCUGGCCCAGGGGGCUUUGCUGCCCAUCAGCAGCCGGUGUACAAUCAGCCAGGUAGACCUGCAGGGAUACCAUGGAUGCCAACACCACCACCUCCAUCAAACUGUCCACCUGGGUUGGAAUAUUUAAGUCAGAUAGAUCAGAUACUGAUUCAUCAGCAAAUUGAGCUUCUGGAAGUCUUAACAGGUUUUGAAACUAAUAACAAAUACGAAAUUAAGAACAGCUUCGGACAGAGGAUUUACUUCGCAAAGGAAGACACCGAUUGCUGUACCCGAUAUUGUUGUGGGGCUUCUCGACCUUUUAACCUGAAGAUUCUUGAUAAUAUUGGCCAAGAGGUCAUAACUAUGCAGAGACCACUAAGGUGUAGCAGCUGUUGUUUCCCCUGCUGCCUUCAGGAGCUAGAAGUCCACGCUCCUCCUGGUGUACCAAUAGGUUAUGUUACGCAGAUAUGGCACCCCUGCCUGCCAAAGUUUACAGUUCAAAAUGAGAGGAGGGAGGAUGUACUCAAAAUUAUUGGUCCAUGUCUUGUGUGCAGCUGUUGUGCAGAUAUUGAUUUUGAGGUUAAAUCUCUUGAUGAACAAAAUGUGGUUGGCAAGAUUACCAAGCAGUGGGGUGGUUUUGUGAGAGAGGCGUACACAGAUGCCGAUAACUUUGGGAUCCAGUUCCCCUUAGACCUUGAUGUGAAAGUGAAAGCUACGAUGCUUGGCGCAUGUUUCCUCAUUGACUUCAUGUUUUUUGAAACCAGUGGACGCAACGAAUAGAAGUCAGGAAUGUGGUAGUGGAUUAAUGAUAGUCUCCUCAGAAAACUUGAGGUCUUGUACAUUGAUUGGGACUAUGUGGAAGAAAAACUCAGUGUUUUUUUUUCUUUAUUGAAAUGGCCUACAGCAUGUUUGAGUUACACUGUGAUGCCUGAAGCUCCAAGUAUAUGAUUUCACUUUUCAAAUUAUAGAGUUUAUUUUCUGUAUUACUUAUAAAUGUUUUUAUACAUUUUCUUUUUCAUUGUGUGUUUCAGAGAAAGGACACAGGAAUUUUUACAUUUAAACAGGAAAUUUCUUAUGAUAAAUUCCUUUCAACUAUAGUGUCUGCUUUUUUAAAAAUUUUUAUAGCAAAAUUAAUUAAAGGCUUAUUAGACUAAUUUUACUAUCAAAUUAUAUAUUAUUUUGUAAAUCUAGUUGCAAUAUAUUUCAUGUGUAACAACUAGUGUUAUUUUGCAAAUACUACAUAUUCAGAUAAGUUAAAAAUGAACAUGAUUUCAGUUACCUUUACAAUUAUGUUCAAAUAAUACUCAAUAUACAUAUUAGCA